AUGGAACAAAGUUGUAUGCAGUCCGCGAUGGCCAUGGGCGUACAGUCUAAGAAAGGGUGCGCGAGGAACAUAGCAGUGGAACGGAAAAAUCUCAUCACUGUUUGCAGGUUUUCAGUAAAGACGCUGCUGGAGAAGUAUACAGCUGAGCCCAUAGAUGACUCAUCUGAGGAGUUUAUAAACUUUGCUGCCAUUCUGGAACACAUCCUCAGCCACCGCUUUAAAGGCUCAGGCAGCUGGUUUGAUGGCCAGCGGAGUUUUUGGGACUUUAUUCGUGUGGCCUGCAGUAAAGUUCAGAACAACUGUAUCAGCAGUAUUGAGAACAUGGAGAACAUCAGUUCCUCCCGAGCCAAGGGCAGAGCAUGGCUGCGUGUUGCUCUAAUGGAAAAACGCCUCUCUGAAUACAUUGGCACAGCUCUGAGGGACAGUCGUACCACCAGGCGGUUUUAUGAUGAUGGUGCCAUCAUGUUGAGAGAGGAGGCCACGGUGCUGACGGGCAUGCUCAUUGGGCUGGGAGCAAUCGACUUCAGUUUCUGUCUGAAGGGAGAAGCUCUGGAUGGCAAAUCUGAGGCUGUGAUUGACUACACGCCAUAUCUUAAGUUCACACAGAGCUAUGACUACCUGAGUGACGAUGACGACGCUCAAAGUGUGGACAGCAGUAACAGUGAUGACAGCAUUCCAGAACACCCGUAUAUCCCACUGGUAACAGAUGAGGAGAGUUGGAGCAACAAGUGCCGCAAGAUGGAGCAACGAUUUAAGAUUGUCAACGCUCAGAAGGGGUAUUUAGAGGAGCUGGUGAGGUUGAGGGAGUCUCAACUGAAGAACCUAGAAGCAGAAAAUAAGAAGCUGAGUGCCAGGCUAGAAGAGCUACAGCUACAGAACCAGCAGGAGAAGAGAGAGCUGGAGGGCAUUAUACUAGAAUUACAGGAGCAACUGACAAGUUUGAUUCCCAGUGAUUCCCACCCACUUUCCAAGGAUUUAUCCAUCCCACUCGUUAACCAGUGGCCAUCACUCCAAACCUACAACAACCAGGAAGACUGCAAACUGUACCGCAGGGGGAGUUUCCCAAGCUCUGAGGCAUUCUCAGCACACAUUAGUCUUGACUCUGACUCCCAAAGGGCCGAAGGGAAGUUGAAUGGCCAGGCCUGGUGUACAACAGGAAAGGACUAUACACCUUCAAUGUUGGGUUUGUGUGGCUCUCUGGCUUCGUUGCCCAGCUGUAAGUCUCUGCCCAGCCUGAGGUCCACAGAGUGCCUAGUCAACAUCAGUGCAGAGCCCAGUCCUGCCCUAACCCCCCAGCUAGGGGGCGCUGUUGUGUACAACCCUUAA